ACACACAAAAAGAGAGAGAGGGAGAGAGGCAGCUCUGGGAUCAGCUCAACUAUUUAUUUAUUUUUUUCAAUUUCUCAAUGUAAGGCGACAAUAUUACCUACGCGUACGCCUUCAUGGCUUCCAUACUUGGAUACUCGAUUUAAUUUGUUUCAUUUUCAAAUUUGAACUCAACCGACGUGGAUUUAUCGAGGGAGAUUGCUCAUCCGUUGAAAUUUUUUUGGGGUUAUUAACAUUUAAGUUGGCAAACUUUAGCCACACCUAGAGCUAGCCGUAUUUUCGCCCCCACACCCCAGAAAAAAAGCAGUAUUUUUGAGUUUUUUUUUUUUUUGGUUUAAUUUUUUUUUUUUUUUUUUGCUUUGCUUUGCUUCCUUUCUCUUGCGCUGGUUCGGUGGUGCGUUUGUUUGUGUGACGGCGAGUCCCGGCGGUGUAACCGGAGAGGGGCCUCACAGAGGGAAUGCAGGACUGCAAUGGAGCACAAUGCAAUACAGUGGUUGGGUGCUCCUUCCUGCCAGAGAGGCAGCUAUGCCUUCUAUAAGUCGGUCGGCAGCAAAAGCCAAGCCGACGGCCCCAUGCAGGUGUGGCGGCUGGGCGAGUUUUACUUUGUUCGCUGCGGGGCCGAAGAGCCCGUGUGCAUUGCUGAGGUGACCUUGUUGUGGGAAGACCAGGUGCAGCGCCACCUCCUGGCCAGCGCCAGACUCUACUUCCUACCGGAAGACACGCCAAAGGGUCGAACCCGAGAGCACGGGGAGGACGAGGUCCUGGCUGUGUCCCGAAAGAUGGUGUUGCGGGUGGAAGAUCUAGUGCGCUGGUCGUGCGCCGAGCUGCCAGCGUGGAGCGGCAGAGCGAAGGCGGCGCCCCACGGCACCCCCAACGGGCUCCAUAAACCGCCGCAGGAGAGCGACACCGACGGCAACGCAACCGACCACAAGCCACUAAAGGACAAGAGUGAAAAUGGCGCAGCUGAGUGCCAGAGCGUCAAAGUCCUCAGCUACCCACAGUACUGCCGCUACCGUUCGCUGCAGAGGCGCAUUCAGGACGGCGCCCGGGGCCCAACGUUGCAGGACGUCCACCUUCUAGCCUUGGGCGGCGUCAGGGUGUCGCCUAGCACCCGCUUGAUGUACUGCAGGGACACCUUCAACCACCCCACGCUGGAAAGCAGCGUCAGCUUCUCCUGGAACUUCCGAUGUCCGUCUCUUAGCCUCCGAGGACGACCUCGCAAGAGACGAGGCCGCGACGGCAGAGACACUCCAACAUCCGGCCAGUCGGAAUCCUGGAUUGAGAAGAUGAAGGAAAACGUGAUGGGCAGCGUGGAGGUGGGCGGCGAUGACGGCUGGCUCCCGCACCCCGAAGAGCAACUGUUCCUGGACGAGCUCUUCACCUUCAUGGAGCGUCAAGGCUCUCCCAUCCACAAAGUGCCCAAUCUCGGCUUCAAGAAAAUCGACCUCUUCCUCAUGUACUCGGUGGUCAGACGUCUAGGAGGCUACGAAAAGGUGACGUCGGAGCGCAUGUGGAAGGUGGUUUACAACGAGUUGGGCGGAUGUCCCGGCAGCACCAGCGCCGCCACCUGCACCAGGAGACACUACGAAAGGCUGAUGCUCCCGUACGAAGAGCACCUGAUAGCCGGAGGCAUGGAACUCAAAAUCCCACAGUGCAGCCUGGCCGUGAAGCCCAGAGGCAUCCGAGGGAGGAAGCCGCUCCCGCGGGGAAGAAAACCCGGACCCAAAGUCAAAGCCAAGAUGGCGGACAUGACCGCCCCCGGCGCCGGCGAGGGCACCGCGGUGGUGGUGAAGCGGGGGCGAGGCCGUCCGCCCGGCAAGCGCAACAAGGCCACGCUGAUGGCCGAGGCCAAACUGCUGGCUCAGCAACAAGCCAGAGUCAAAGCGGAGUCUCCCACGCCUCUUCUGCUAGCCCCAAGCGCCAAUGGACUGACGCCAAGCAGCAGCGCGCCGCAGGUGUCGCAGCCAGCCCUCCUCCCUGUGAACAUGCCCCUCGCCACGGACCCGUCCCCCAUGUCCACCCCUUUCCUCCCCUUUCCACCCAAGCCAAAGGAGCCCGAGGAUCGGGCCGGGGAGUCCGCAGCCGUCCUCCUCUCUGGCCUGCCUCGCCACUUUGUGGGCGGGUCGUUGGGAGGGUUCAGCCCCAUCAAAGGUCUGUGUCCCCUGGACGUACUAAGGAACUGCGUGGGCUUCCAGAGGGUCACAGAGAGCCCGGCCCUGACGCCCCAAGAACCGAGUCAGCCGCACAUGACAAUCUACACCUUGCAACCCAAACGCGGAAACCCGGACACGCCUCUUCCGAGCGGAGACCAGUUGCUUCCGCCGCCGGCCCGCCCGAUUCAUCAGCACCACAGCAUGUGCUCGGGGUGCAAUGUAGACGAGGACGCCCAGAGGGGGAGUGUCCGAGAGGCCAGGAACCGCCAUCCUCUUCCCCCUCUCCGGGUCCUGCCUUUGGACCUGGACUGUAGUGUCCAAGUACGACAACUGAUGAGGACUCGUCUGGGUUCGAGUCAGUUUCAAACCUUCUCCCGCCGGCUGUCCGAGGUGCUUUCCCAGGACUUGAGCACCAAGCCGCCUUGCACGCCCUUCACGCCACCGCCGGAGCAGGCCCUGCCCCUCAACCUCAGCAAACGCUUUACGCUCAAGAGACCCGACCCGGACCCGGCCGAGCUCACUCGAUCAACCGCUAACGGAACAGAGUACGAGCCGUCUCUCAAAAGAGUCAAAGCCGACUGCUCGGAGCGCCCCGCAGACUUUAGCAUGGGCGGUGGCCACGGGCGCCCCAUAUCGGGGUCCACCGGAGGCGGAGGCCAGGAACUUGGAGCCAAAAGCCAGGAAGAGCCAGCAGACCUGAGCUCCCCCAGCAGGAUCAGGGCUUUCCUGCUCGGCCUGCCGCCAUUCCAAGUGAAACUGGACGAGGAUCUGAACGGGAUCAAGUUCGGCAAAGUUCCGUCGGGCUCCGAGACGGAAAGCCAGAGGAUCGUAUCGGUUAAGAAAGAAGGCGAAGCGGCAAUAAUGGAUAUGAGUAACCACAAGUCAGAGUCCAUAACCAAACAGGUAGGAAAUGUCGAGAUGCUGAACGAGGACGUCAAGGAGGAUGGGAAUGCUUUGGCGGAUAAAAUGGAGAACUUGUGCGGUCAGAUGAUAGCCAAUGUGGAAAAACGUGACGUGGACGUCUCAAAAGGCCACCCGAGCCCCGUUCUGUCCCAGGCCGGUGCUCUGGUCCUGGCUCAGCAGAGUUGAAGAGAGUCCACCCACAAAAACAAUUUUUUUUUCUUUGCCAACAUCUGCGCUCAGAAUGUUUCCGAUCCCAUUCUUACAGUCGCGCUGACGAUUGCAAAUCAUUUCUUCCCAGUCAAACAAGAAAGAGACUUGUGACGACGCACUGCCUCGCAGCCCCACCCGUCUCAUCCAUCAUUCAGAAGAAACAUUAAGAGCAAGAAAUACAUUUAAGCUAAGUCGGUUCCGCUUAUUGACGAUGCUAUGCAUCGAGGCGCCGGAACGAGCAUCUGAACUAUAAGUCUGCUAGCUUCAAAUUCAAAUCGUACUCUAGUUCUGUCCAGACAGAUAUUUUCUGAUUUA